UAUAAAAUGAAGACACCAAAAUCCUCUCCAUCGAAGUACCUCCUCAUUUCAGUUCCUCUUCUUUCCUUCCAAUGGCACCCUUAGACCCUCACUCCUUCACCGACUCGACCCACCCUUUAACCACCCACAUCUCCCUCUCCCUCUACUUCCACUUCCCUUCCGCUACCAUUCACGGCGCUGCUCUUUUCACCCUCUCCUCACCUCACUCCGGUCCACUUUCCCUCGACACCCGCUCCAUUUCAAUCCACCAAAUCCUCUCCCCUUCCACACUUUCACCUCUCCCUUUCUCUCUUUCCCCUUCCCCUGACCCAAUCAAAGGAACCCACCUUUCCCUUUCCCUCCCAAACGACAAAACCCCGUCUUCUUUUCUCGUCACUUUCUCCACUUCCCCUUCCUCGUCCGCCCUCCAAUGGCUCUCUCCGCCGCAAACGUUUAACAAACAACACCCUUUUGUUUACACUCAAUGCCAAUCCAUUCACGCGCGCUCAAUCUUCCCUUGCCAAGACACCCCCGCCGCCCGAGUCCGUUACUCUGCUUUACUCAACAUUCCUCGAGAAUUAUCCGCCGUUAUGUCCGCCCGCUACGUGGAUAGGCGGUCACCGGUUUCCGGUGAAGGGUAUUCCAACUUGUUACCCAAUGGGUUCGAUUCUUUAUGGUGUUCUGAAACGAGGGUCGUUGAGGAAUUUGACAUGAACCAGCCGAUUCCGCCUUAUCUGUUUGCGUUUGCAGUGGGGGAGUUAGGGUUUAGGGAAGUGGGGCCGAGAACUAGGGUCUAUGCGGAGGCUGUGGAUGGGGUUUUGGAAGCUGCAGCAAAGGAGUUCGCAGGAACGGAGGAGAUGAUAAGGCAAGGGGAGACCUUGUUUGGUGAUUAUGAAUGGGAGAGGUUUGAUUUGCUUGUUUUGCCGCCGAGUUUUCCUUAUGGUGGAAUGGAGAAUCCGAGGAUGGUGUUUCUGACACCAACUGUGAUCAAAGGGGAUGCCAGUGGCGCUCAGGUGGUGGCGCAUGAGCUCGCGCAUAGUUGGACCGGGAACUUGAUUACUAACAAGAACAAUGAGCAUUUUUGGUUGAAUGAGGGAUUUACAAGAUAUGCAGAGAGGAGAAUUGUUGAGGUUGUGCAGGGUGAAGACAGAGCUGUGUUGAGUAUUGGGAUUGGUUGGAGGGCCUUAAAUGAGGCAAUGGAGAGAUUUAAGGACAACCUGGAAUUCACCAAGCUUAAAACCAAUCAGGAAGGAGUGGACCCAGAUGCUGUUUAUUCCCAAGUUCCAUAUGAGAAAGGUUUUCAGUUCUUGUGGCGCAUUGAACGUCAGAUAGGAAGACCGGCCUUUGAUGAAUUUAUCAAGAAAUAUAUUGCCACCUUCAAGUUCAAAUCAAUUGACACUGAGACAUUUCUUGACUUCCUUAAAGCAAAUGUCCCUGGAAUAGAGAAAGAGAUAGACCUGGUGUUGUGGACUGAGGGUGUUGGUAUCCCUCCAGACGCAUAUGAACCGAUAUCCAAUCUAUAUACCAAAAUUGUGUCACUGGCAAAUGAAUUUGAACUUGGGAGGAUGCCGAGGGAGGAUGAAGUUACUGAUUGGAAAGGACAGGAAUGGGAGCUCUACUUAGAGAACCUGCCUACAGUUGUAGAGGCUUCCCAGGUCUUGGCCUUGGAUGCACGCUACAGGCUAUCAGAAUCGAAGGAUUAUGAGGUAAAAGUGGGUUUUCUUCAACUAGCCAUUUUAUCCAAGUGCAGCGAUUUCUAUGAUGAGGUGGAGAAAACUUUGAAGGAAGUUGGGAGGAUGAAGUACCUUCGUCCACUUUAUACUUUACUUGUACAAGGUAUCGGAAAGGAGGAACAGAAGAUUUUGGCCAAAAGGGUGUUUGCAGAGGCUCGUGACAGUUAUCACCCCAUAGCUCAAGGAGUUGUUGAGUCAAUCUUUGCCAAGCACCUCAAGAAUGGCACAUAACACUAAGUAAAUAAAUAGUAUAUCAGAAUCUGAACCAAAAAUGAUCCAGGCCUAUAAUGCUUAGCUUAGAGAUGCCUGCUGAUUUUGUUAAUAGAUGCUUCUUGCUUUGCUAAUAUGGCCUUUUAGAUAAUGCAUGCGAAAUAUCUUCUGCUUUAAAGUUUUGCUGUUAUGUUCUUUUAACUCUUGUCGUGUGUUGCUUUUGUUCUGAUUCCAUUAACCAUAAUCAAUCUAAAGAUUGAAAGGAAUCUGAUACUUUGUGACUUCACUUCAAAAGUGAUACUUCUAUUCUUGGUGUCUGCUCCCUUUGCCAAGCUGGUAUGCUUUUAUUCUAUGUUCUUUUACAUUUUUUAACUUCUUCGGACACUUUGGAUGACAAAGAUUAAAAGGUUAAAUUACACCAUUAGUCAUUCAACCAUGCUCUUAUUUUUAAAAUGGUCAUUAAAAUAUUAAAAUUUUUAAUUUAAUCACUAAAAUUUGA